GUGGUUACAGCAUUCGAGUGCCACACUUCGAGACGCACAGCGAAAGACAAAAAAAAAAACCAUCCCAGGAUCUCUCACCAAGUCAGGACUUCAAGUUUUAAAAUACGAAACUCCCAAGAUGAAGGUGUUCAUUGUACUCUGCGCACUGGUGGCCUGCGUUUCGGCCGGAGUGGUUCGAUCCUCGGGCUGGGGAUCGAAUCCUUGGGGUAGUGGCGGCAGUUCAGGAUGGAACAGUGGUUGGACCGUCCAGCAGCCACAGGUCAUCAAGGUUAUCAAACUGGGCGGCAACUCUGGAUGGGGAGGCGGCAACUCCGGAUGGGGAGGCGGCAACUCUGGAUGGGGUGGCAACUCUGGAUGGGGAGGCGGCAACUCUGGAUGGGGCGGAAACUCUGGAUGGGGCGGCGGCAACUCUGGAUGGGGUGGCAACUCCGGAUGGGGUGGCAACUCCGGCUGGAGCAGCGGCAACUCUGGAUGGUCCAGUUCCGGCUCCAAUAGUGGCUGGUGGUAAUGAAUCCUGGAUCACUCUGGACCACCUUUAGAAGACAAAACCCAAUCCCCAAUCCCCUCCAGUUACCCAAUCCCGUCCCCCUGCACCUGGUUCACAAUUCACGAUUUUGUAACAUAGUUUUUAAUACCUUUUUUUUUGUGUAACAAAUGAAUAAAUAAAUAUAUCAAAUGCAUAAAUUCAA